GGAUCUGCGCUCCAUCGCGGCUACGCCUUGCCGCCGCUAACUCUGCCAGAGUCUGCGCACCAUCGCGGCUACGGCUUGCCGCCACUAACUCCGCCAUCAACCUAACUGCCAUUCCAACUUCUACAGGGCGUGCGGUUGAAACAUGAUUUUGAAUAGCUCUGCUCAUAAAUCCCACUAUGACAUUCUAGGUGUUAAGGAAGAUGCAAGUUACGAAGACAUUCGAACAGUUUAUCGAUCUGCCAUCCUCACCUUCCACCCAGACAAACUGCAUGACAAUAGCUCUUCAUCAAAACCAUCUCACCAUUCUAAGCACGAAGUGACUAAGAAUGCAUUUCUUGACAUACAAAAGGCAUGGGAAAUCCUUAGCGACCAAAGAUCACGUGCUGCCUAUGACAUUGAGUUGCGUGCCACGAGACAAGACGCGGCAACUGCUGAAGAUGUGGGGUUUGAUGAUCUCAAAAUAGAAGCGAGUGGUGGGGAUGAUGACGGGGUUUUUGCGCUGUCUUACCCUUGUAGGUGUGGCGACUUUUAUGUGAUUGAUUCUUUGGAUUUGACAAACAUGGGAUAUCCAUUGGUGAAGGGUAGAAGGGAAAUGUUCAUUGAAACCUCCAAGGAUUUACCAGUUUCAGUUGUUCUUCCAUGUGGGUCCUGCUCUCUCAAGGUUCGCUUAUUGAUCAAUCAAGACACUACUAGGCUGGCUUCCUCUUCUGGAUGAUAUGCAUUUUGUUCUGAGAAUUUGAGAAGCUUUUUCUGUUUUUCCUCAUUUCCUUCUCGAGUGCAGUGUAUUUUUAUGUAUCAUGUAUACGCAAUUUUUGCAUUCUUCUUCAUUUCCCAUUUAAUACUCCUUCCGUCCUAAAUUACCCCGUAUAUGACAUGUUUACUAUUUACAUAGUCAAAUUUUAUUUACUUUUUCUUCAACGGUUUUCAAUAUUUUUUUGAUAAUAUAACAUAGUAAUAUCAUUUCUUGUUUUGAAGAACUUUGAUGUAAUUUUUAAAUAUGUAAUUUUUAUUUUUUAAUAGAAAAGAAAACAUCUUUGUGGGA